AUGAGCAUGUUCCUCCCACAGAUAACUUGUCCUGGAGUGCUGCUGAAAGACAAAGAGGAACUUUAUCUCAGUGUCUAUGUAUUUGGGCAGUGCAAAAAAACUCAACGUGUCCCUGCAGUGUUUCCACUCUUCUUUCAAGAAAAACUAGUAUUUGAAAAGACAUUUGCUAAUAUAGUUGAUCCUGGAGACCUUGUGAAGUUAUUGGAAUUUGACACAGCAGUACUUGAACUAAUACAGCUCGUUCCUCCAGUAGGAAAAGUUCUAGCUACGUAUGAAGAAAAUACAAGAAAUUUCCUGUUCCCUGACCCUAAGCUUACCUGUGGGCACCAUGGUGUAGAGCGUGAGAUUUUAAUGAAGAGGUCCUCUUCUUUUACAGGAAUUGCACCAAAAUUGAGAUUUUCUACGAGCUCCCUUAUUGCAGAAAGGCUGUUAAGCUCAGGAAGGAGUGACAUACAGGAUGAUUUGAACUGGGUACAUCAUUCAACCCCAAAUAGAAAACCGCAAGCAAAGUUCCCCAAGAAAAAGACUCUUUCAGCUAAGAAAAGCAAGCACAGCUUAGCAACAAAGCACUACGCGCAGGCCACAAUAGCUUCAAAGUCGCGUUCUCCAUCUCCGUACACGAAGAGAAGGAUGUGUGAGCUCUCUCAAGAGGGCAGGCAGCGCCUGGCCCAUUUAAACCUUGGGCCUUAUGAAUUCAGGAGAGAAACCAAGAAACCUCCAUUUGUAGUUCAAUGGGCAAAAUCUGCUCGUGAAAAAGACUUGGACAGUUCUGUUGUUUGCAAUGAGGAUGUGAUCUCAGAUCUACCCAACAGAUUGUCCCAUUCUGCUGUCAAUCAGUCUUCUCUAAGAGAAAGAUUUAGCUCUCUUUGGCCUUCACCAGCAAAUGGAGAUGAGAUCCAUAAAAGAGUGAAAAAUAUUUUAAGGACACACCGUGCUAGACAGCGCCUAAUAUUUGAUGGGAGUAACUUAUCAAAAGGAUACUUGACUAAGACAAGAAGAGAAUCUUCACAUAAUGCACCCUUUUCCAUGAGUGAACUGCAGAGCCGUUCACCAGUGCAGCAAAAUGCCUCCGUUCACUUGGAUAGUGGUGAAUAUUGGUCUCGCCAUGCAGCUGAGUACAAAGGGAAGCCUCACAGAGCAAUCUUUGAAGAGAGUCUCAGAAAAGUAUACAGAAACAUGUACGAGAAAGCUGCUGGCAAUGUUUCAGACUAA